GGGAAGGCGUAAAGGUAUUGUUGUUUAUGACAAACUCAAUCAUUCAUUAUAUGUAUAAAUUUCAUAUGUUGCAACAUUUGGGAUGGAGUCAUGAGCAUUUGGGCAUUGCUUGAUCUUUACUCUAACAAGAAGCAACUUUCUGACCUUUUGUCAGCUUAAUGUGUACCUAUAUUCAAAAGCAAAAAUCAAAUACCCAUCUAGAUUCUGAUAUUAUUGUUACGGGAUUGAGUGGCAAGGCAGUGCUCAUGCUAUGCAACAGUCAAGAUUGGGUUAAAUUGGAUACAAAUCCCGCAGGGAUGGGGACACGGCUGCGGAUUGAGUACUCGGCACAGGUCGAACAUGAUCGGUCGGACCACCUUAUCAAUGCCGUCCUUGAGAGCACGGGAGACUUGAGACUUGAGACCAGGGGCAAAGUGGCGUCACUGAAGAAUGGAAAGAAGAUCAGAGCGCACAUGAUUCUCAUGACAUUAUCAUACAUCAUGUUAUUAAUGCCAUCAUUUGCAACUCUAACAUCUUCUGAGCUCGUGAUGUAAACCUUGGGUAUCAAUGUAAAUGCAUAGCAGAACGCCGAGAACC